UUGUGCGUAUUUUGUGUCUGUUUGCAUGCUCUCUCUCUCUCUCUCUCUCUCUCUAGCCUUUCGCAUUGCUAUAAAUUAAACUCUCCGUCUUUCUUUUCUUUCUAUCCGUUUUUGAAAAAAGUGACAAAUCAAUAGUAGCGGAAAAUGUGGAAGCUGAAGAUCGCGGAGGGAGGGAGUCCAUGGCUGAGGACGCUGAACGGUCACGUAGGACGACAAGUUUGGGAGUUCGAUCCCAAGCUCGGAUCGCCGGAACAACUCGCCGAGAUCGAGGCGGCUCGCGAGAAUUUCACCAAGAAUCGCUUCCACAAAAAGCACAGCUCAGAUCUAAUUAUGCGCAUUCAGUUUUCCAAGGAAAACCCACGUGAUGUAGUUCUACCCCAAGUCAAAGUAAAGGAAACAGAGGAUGUUAAAGAGGAGAUGGUGACAAAGACGUUAAGAAGGGCUAUAAGUUUCUAUUCAACUAUCCAAGCCCAUGAUGGACAUUGGCCAGGGGACUAUGGAGGUCCUAUGUUUCUUUUGCCUGGCUUGGUAAUUACUUUGUCUGUCACUGGAGCACUAAAUGCAGUUUUAUCUGAAGAACAUAAAAAGGAAAUGUGCCGUUACCUCUACAAUCAUCAGAACAAAGAUGGUGGGUGGGGAUUGCACAUUGAGGGCCCAAGUACCAUGUUUGGUACGGUCUUAAGCUAUGUUACAUUAAGGUUGCUUGGUGAAGGAGCUAAUGAUGGCCAAGGAGCAAUUGAGAGAGGGCAUACCUGGAUUCUGAGCCAUGGCAGUGCUACUGCGAUAACAUCAUGGGGGAAGAUGUGGCUUUCAGUACUUGGAGCAUUUGAAUGGUCUGGCAAUAAUCCCCUUCCCCCUGAGAUAUGGCUUCUUCCUUACUUGCUCCCAGUUCAUCCAGGAAGAAUGUGGUGUCACUGCCGGAUGGUCUAUUUGCCAAUGUCAUACUUAUAUGGGAAGAGAUUUGUAGGUCCAAUUACACCAACAGUUUUGUCUUUGAGGAAGGAGCUCUAUAAUGUCCCCUAUCAUGAAAUAGAUUGGAAUGAGGCACGCAGCCUAUGUGCAAAGGAAGAUUUGUACUACCCACACCCACUGGUGCAGGAUGUACUUUGGGCAUCUCUUCAUAAAGUUGUUGAGCCAGUUUUAAUGCAUUGGCCUGGAAAAAAAUUGAGAGAAAAGGCUCUUCACACUGCGAUUGAGCACAUACACUAUGAAGAUGAAAAUACUCGUUAUAUUUGCAUAGGACCUGUAAACAAGGUGUUAAAUAUGCUCUGUUGUUGGGUGGAAGAUCCAAAUUCAGAAGCUUUUAAGUUGCAUCUUCCCAGAAUACAUGAUUAUCUGUGGAUUGCUGAAGAUGGCAUGAAAAUGCAGGGUUAUAAUGGGAGUCAAUUAUGGGAUACUGCUUUUGCUGCUCAAGCAAUCAUUUCAACCAAUCUUUUGGAAGAGUAUGGUCCAACUCUCGAAAAAGCACAUACAUUCAUAAAAAAAUCGCAGGUUUUAGAUGAUUGCCCAGGCAAUCUUGAUUUUUGGUAUCGCCACAUUUCAAAAGGCGCCUGGCCUUUCUCAACUGCCGAUCAUGGUUGGCCCAUCUCAGACUGCACAGCAGAAGGAUUGAAAGCUGCCCUUUUAUUAUCUAAAAUUCCAACAUAUGUUGGUGAACCAUUAGAUGCAAAGCAAUUCUAUGACGCUGUAAAUGUCCUUCUCUCAUUACAGAAUGGAGAUGGUGGUUUUGCAACAUAUGAGCUCACAAGAUCCUAUCAGUGGUUGGAGUUGAUCAACCCUGCAGAAACCUUCGGUGACAUUGUUAUUGAUUAUCCUUAUGUGGAAUGCACCUCAGCAGCAAUUCAAGCUUUGACAUUAUUUAAGAAAUCAUAUCCCGGGCAUCGUCAAGAAGAAAUAGAACUCUGUAUCAAAAGAGCUGUUACGUUCAUUGAAAAGAUACAAGAAUCAGAUGGUUCAUGGUAUGGUUCUUGGGGUGUUUGCUUCACCUAUGGUACGUGGUUUGGGGUAAAAGGGUUGGUGGCUGCUGGAAAGAACUUCAACAAUUGCUCUAGUAUCCAGAAAGCUUGUGACUUUCUACUGUCUAAGCAGCUUCCUUCUGGUGGCUGGGGAGAGAGCUAUCUUUCAUGUCAAAACAAGGUGUAUUCAAAUUUAGAGGGCAACAGGGCUCAUGUUGUAAAUACUGCAUGGGCUAUUUCGGCCCUUAUAGAUGCUGGGCAGGCUGAGAGGGACCCAACACCACUGCACCAGGCGGCCAAAUUUUUGAUAAAUUCUCAAAUGGAGAAUGGAGAUUUUCCUCAACAGGAAAUCAUGGGGGUCUUCAACAGGAAUUGUAUGAUCACCUACGCUGCUUACAGGAACAUAUUUCCUAUUUGGGCAUUGGGAGAAUACCGCUGUCGGGUAUUACAGACUUCAUAAGCCAACAUUGCUGUUAUUUUCAGUACCAUUUUUUAGGAAGUUGAAGUACUUUGUCAGCCCUUUUUAAAAUUUUUUAUUUUAGCUUUCCCUAGUUCCUUCGGACUUUACAAAUAGCGAGUUGUAGGAAUCAGUCACCUGAGCACAAAACAACUCAAAAGAGAAAAGGGAGAAAAUUUGUAACGAGUCACUAGCUCAUCUAUUCUAUAUUUCAAAUUUACUGUUUUGUAUAGGGUUAAUCUUAUUCCCAUCAGAUCUUUGUAGGGUUUUCUGAGAUGUAAAAUAAAUAAAUAAAACCUCUUCUUUUUUUGUUUUA